GGGUCUUGACGAAGAUCUGCAUGUUUGUGGUUGUAUUUGGUGUGCUGUUGUGAUAUGUGUCUGGUCUGCAGUGUGUGCGUAGAUGUAGGUGAGUGGUGGAGUGCGAUGCAAAAGUAUGUGCCACGGAGGGGCGGGCUGGGUCUUAUAUGGGAGGCAGGAGUAGGCGGCAAGCUGAGGCUGUGACAGUGAUGGCAGUGACGCUAACCAAAGGUGGCCCCUGCACCAGUGAGAUCAGGGAUACGGAACGUUCGGGCAGGUUCGACCGAAAGCGUGCGCCUCGUUCACUCACUUUGCUGUCUGCUCUUUGUCAGCUGCGGAAUUCACAACGAGUUGGAAUGCCCUCUCACUGCUGUCUUUUGCAGUGA